CUGUCUCUCUCUCUCUCUCUCUCUGUGUGUGUGUGUUUAUGUUGCGUUCAGUCAGAUUGCUGUUAGCAUUAGCUUUAGCAUCAGGCCUGUUAGCCGCGCUUCAGUGUCCAGCGUUUAUUUAAUUUCUGCACUAAUUAAGGUUUUAUAAACGUUAAAUCUGACCCACUGCAGCUUAUUUAAUUCUCACCCCUAUCUCUCUCUCUCUCUCUCUGUGUGUGUGUGUGUGUUUUGUACCGUAUGGCUUUACUUGUGAUGUGUGUGUGUUAAAGCUAACAGCGGCUAUCGAUACACUGCCGCCUCACAUCGAUGUAUUUCACAUUUAACGUUACAGUUCAUUUCGUAUUUAAUCGAUUGAACCUCCGAUUCUAUGACUCUAAGCUCAUCUGACUGGAUUUCUCCAUCUGUCACUUCUAACAGAAUGUACCUCUCUCUGACUGAUUUUACCCGGUUUGUGUGAAUUUACGCCCCGUCUGUCUGACAGCGUCCGUGUGCGCGUGAAGAUGCUCUAGUCACGUCUGCGUUUGUAUCCGCCCGUGACCUUUGACCCCUGAGCCCGAACACUGACCCGUGCCUGGCCGGCGUCCACUGCGCUCCAGAACCAUGUGAGGGCUUUUCGGUGCGUCUCUGAGUGGACUGGAGCACCGCCUGUAACCCCGCCCCCCAGUUAAUACAAGCCCCGCCCUCCCUCUAGCCCCGCCCCCGACGCUGAAGAAACUCGCCAUGAUGUUCCGGGACCAAGUGGGGAUUCUGACGGACUGGUUUAAGGGCUGGAACGAGUGUGAGCAGACGGUGGCGCUGCUGUCGCUGCUGAAGCGUGUCUCUCGGACGCAGGCCCGGUUCCUGCACAUCUGUCUGGACCACUGGCUGGCCGACUGCACCGAGAUACACAUACUGGAGGCAGAAGCCAACAACGCAGCCGUGGUCAGUCAGUGGCAGCAGGAGCCGAAGGAGAAGGCCGUGUCGCUCCUGCUAUCCCAUCUGCCCCUGCUGCAGCCGCGCAACAGCGAAGCCAAGUGUGAAUACAUGAACCUGCUGCAGAAGGUCCUGAGCCACACCAUCGAGAGCAGCCUGUUCGUGGAGGAGAGUCGCCAGCUGCUGUCCUACGCCCUCAUCCACCCCGCCACCACCCUCGACGACCGCAACUCUCUGGCCAUGUGGCUCAAUCACCUGGAGGAGCACCUGUCCUCGCGGCCGCCGCCGUACCAUCACGCCCGGCAGGGCUCCGACGAGUGGCCCUGCUCCGCCGAGGCCCUGGAGCCGGCGUACGGACAGAACGGACACAUGGCGUUCCCUGGAUCGGGCGGAGUGACCUCACCUGUCAACAGCAGCACAGGACUGACUGGUCAGGUGCAGCCGAGCUCAAUGAAGCCCUCCAUGUCUCUCACACCCGCCAAUCAGCCAGCCUGCAGCUCUGAUUGGCUGAGCCAGGAGGAGGGGGGCGGGUGUCAGGGCGUGUCCGGAGCAGAACACGCCCCUCUGUCGCCGCAGAGCAGCGUGGCUUCGUCAGGCAGCGAACAGACGGAGGAGCAGAGCAACACGCGCAACACUUUCCAGGAGGACGGCAGCGGGAUGAAAGACGUGCCGGCCUGGCUGAAGAGUCUCCGUCUGCAUAAAUACGCAUCGCUCUUUUCUCAGAUGACGUAUGAAGAAAUGAUGAUUCUCACAGAGCAGCACUUGGAGUCACAGAACGUGACGAAAGGAGCUCGACAUAAGAUCGCUCUGAGCAUACAGAAGCUCAGAGAACGACAGAGCGUCCUCAAAUCUCUUGAAAAGGAUAUUCUGGAAGGCGGGAACGUUCGGAAUGCUUUACAAGAGCUUCAGCAGAUCAUCAUCACGCCAAUCAAAGUUUAUGCCCCGCCCACUGCUGCACAGAAGGAGGUGGAGCCUGGAGUUACACCUGCCGAUAAAGCAGCCAAUCCCGGGGAAGAGAAGGAGAGCGAGGGCUUCCAGACCCACAAUCCCCCAGCGUGUGAUGGAGAAUCACCGUCUGCACCCAUCGGUGACGGAGACAUCGCCGGACAGUUCACACGGGUGAUGGGGAAAGUUUGUACGCAGUUGUUGGUGUCCAGACCGGAUGAGGAGAACAUCAGCUGUUACCUGCAGCUCAUAGAGAAGUGUGUGACACACGAGGCGUUCACAGAGACGCAGAAGAAGCGGCUGUUGUCAUGGAAACAGCAGGUUCUGAAGUUGCUCCGCCUCUUCCCGCGGAAGACCGUGAUGGACAGCGGCGUUUACCGGAGAGGGUGGCAGCAGUACGGAUCCAACUCUCUGCCCACAGCUGGAUCUGUGAGCGCAGGUUUGGGCAGACGGGGCCAGAGGCCCUUCCAGAUGCCCCCGCGAGGAGCUCCUCCAGCCGGACGCAUGGGGCUGAUGAGCACCGGCGGUCUGACCGGAGCAUCGCCGCGACACACGCUCGCUAACCCCGCCGCCGUCAGCGCACAGGGCCGACAGAACCUGUGGUUUGGGAAUCCUGGAGGCAGUAACAGCAUGCCGAGCCAGAGCAGAAGUUCGGUGCAGAGAACUCAUUCACUUCCUGUUCACACGUCUCCUCAGACCAUGCUCCUGUUCCAGCAGCAAGAAUGCCAAGUUCCGGGGACGGAUCUGGAGAUCAACCCCACGCUGGAGUCUCUGUGCCUCAGCAUGACAGAGCAUGCCUUAGGAGACGGAAUGGACAGAACGUCGACCAUCUGAGCCUGGAGCCGGUGGAGGACCUGAAAGAAGCCCAGCACACACACGCAAACACAGUCACUACAGACCACACACCACUAACUGUGUAUACCUUCUCUAAUAUUUUUCUACUUUAUUGUACUUAACUAAGUUUAUUAUAAAGGAAAUACAGAAACUAUUAUAUCGCGGAAGGGAGAGCAGGACGAGCGUGUUUAGCUGGAGGAACGAUGGUGCUUCUGGUCUGAGCGAGACCUUCUUCUGCUGAGCCGUUUGUUAUCCGAUGGCCGUUUACAUCACUUCCUGUGUCCAUCCGCCUGCAUGACCUCUCACCCCCACCACGGACUUCCUCCUGUGCUUUUCUGUGUUCGGACGCCAGGUUUAAAGCGGAGAGUUUAUCUGUUAUGAUGCGUUCAUAUUUCUGUCCAGGUACAUGAGGUUUCUAAGCACUUAUACGUGAGAUGUUUACCAGGCCGUCACUACAGCCGUGAGCGUUUCCUGAGUUUGUAAAUACGCAGGUAUAGGAAAAUCAGAAUAUGACCCGAGAGACUUUAUCCAAAUGAUUUUUAUACGCAGAUCUAUGAAGUAAAGACGCGAGAUCGAGCUGUGCUCGUCUGUUGCUCCGCCCCUCCGUGACUGACAGGGACGUCCGCCAAUGACAGACUCCGCCUCCUACCGACUGAUGCAAAAACCCACCAAUCAGAUACCAUUUCAUCAUCGUCAUCUUUUGAUUUCCUCCUGGCUUCACGGAUUCGAGCGAUCGCUGCGGUGCUUCUCUGUUCGUUCAUUUGUGGUGUUUUCUGUUUGAAUGGUACAGUCUGUGAAGAGCAUCAGAGCAGUGUGUGUGUGUGUGUGUGUGUGUGUGUUUUAUACGUCUCUCAGACGCUGCUCUGUGUGUAGUAAAACUUUAUUGACUGAAAAACAGGCUUGUUUGCUUUAUUUGUGUAAUGAUUCGGUCUGUCGCGUCACUGCCGUGUGUUUGUACCGCUCAAGAGCACCCACAUCACUCGAAAAUCACCAAAAGAAAUGUUUUUCAUAAAGAAAAUGAAGCCUGUUUUCUAUGGAAACUCAUUUCUGCCGUGGCAUUAAAGAAAUAAAAAGGUAAUUGCAACUUUUUAUCUCACACUUCGGACUUUUCUCAAAUUUGUAUCUCGCAAUUCUGACUUUUUUUUUCUCCGAAUCGUAAGAUAAAUAUCAGAGUUGCGAUAUAUGAACUCAGAAUUGCUUGCAAUUCUAAAUAUAAACUCACAAUUCAUUUUUUUAUUCUGUGGUGGGAAAAAAACAUGUAGACUCGAUAUAAAAGAGAGUCAGAAUUCUGAGAUUUAUAUUGCAAUUAUGAGGAAAAAAGAACGAACUGAGAGAAGUUGAAAGUACCUUUUUUUUUUUUUUUUUUUUUUUUUAAUAAAUAUAUCUCACUUUUUUCCCUCAGAAUUGCAAAAUAUAAAGUUAGAAUUGUGAGAUAUAAACUUCAAAAAAUUCUGAGAAAAAAAUUCUGAAUUGUUAGAUAAAAAGUUGAAAUUCCCUUUUUUAAAAAAAAUUUUUUUAUUCUGUUUUGAGUUUAUAUCUCGCUUUUUUUUUUCUUCAGAAUUGCAAAAUAUAAAGUUACAAUUGUGAGAUAUAAACUUAAAAAAUAAAUUGGAGAAAAAAAAUUCUGAAUUACAAGAAUUCAGAAAUAAAGUUGUAAUUACCCUUAUUUUUUUUUUAUUCUUCGAUAGAAACAAAAAUACAGAAUUGUGAGAUGUAAACUUAAAAUUGUGAGGGGAAAAGCCAGAAUUGUGAGAUUAAAGCUUUGAAAUUCCCUUUUUUAUUUUACUUUUUAUUAUCCUGUGGCAGAAAUGGGCUUCCAUGGUUUUCUGAGAAAUCAUCGAUUGUUCAUUUUCAUGACUGUUAAGCACAUUCCCAAUUACUGUAAUGCCAAAAAUAUUACAAUUCAGUUCAUCUACAGCAUGAUAUGCAUUUAAUUAAUUCUGAUCUGAAUUUUAUAAAACUGUCCAAACAGAUUUUCGUCGUAAUGCGAGUGAGAUUUGUUUACAGUGGUGAAAGUGCUUGAUGGUCGUGUGAUGUCUUCGUGACGCAGACGCUUCGAGAUGGUUCAUCUGUCCGAGUCGCUCAGGAUCUCAUCACACUAUGCAGCCGUGUUCGUUCAGAGCGAAAGCAUGGAUGAGAGAGCGCUGGAGUCUCAGCCUGGCGCUGCUUCACACUCCAGCUCUCGGUCUCAAUCGAUCGCUUCAUUAACGUGGGUCAUCACGGGGUCAGGAACCCUUGGAGGAAACUGAGCUUCCUCUGCAUCCAUGAGAAGCUUUACUGGCGGGAAUCAUUCCAAAGAUGUGAGCUCUCUGUCUUCUGUCUGUCUGUGUCUCUCCCGGUGAGACCUCCGACUGUGAACCUCGGUGCAGGCGUCUGCAGGGAAACUACUCGACAUCCGACAGAUGAAAGGCGCUUGGCAUGAGAUGUUGUUGUUAUUAUUAUUAUUAUUAAUAUUAUUAUUAUUAUUCCUGACAUCUGGAGUGAUGGGACUUGUGUGUGUUGCUCUGUUUGGUUCAAUUCUUCUAAUAUCUUUGUCAUGCUUCUUACCUGAAUGGACAUCAGAAUGGUAAUAAAUUGUUCAUGUUUUGCAUUUAA